CUCCCCCCCCCGCGUUGCCCCCCUUUUGCCCGCAUCUUCGGCAAAUGCCUCGGUCCAAAUUGGGGGCGUGAUCUAUCCAGACCUUCUCUAGGAGCAGGGCCGGAUUUAGGUUUGAUGAGGCCCUAAUAUACUGAAGAAUUUGAAGCAAUGCAGCCUCCCCAUCCUGACACGUUGGACCAGAAGAGGGAGGUUGUGCCUGAAGCUAAGCAAGAGCCUGUAGUUACUUCCCAGGAGGCUCCUGCAGGUACUGAAAUUUCACCAGAUUUGAGUGGGGAUCAGAGCAAAUCACCUCUUACUGAUGAAUCGAUUGCUGCAAAGACCCCUUCUCUCUUUUCCCUACCAACAUCACCUGAGCUGCCUGACCUAAAAACCUGUACUCCAAGAGAAUUAUUGGAAUGCUACAUAUUUCCUGUGCUUCUACCAGGAAUGGCAGAACUGCUACAUCAGGCUAAAAAGGAAAAAUGUUUUGAGAGGAAAAGGACAAGAUUCAUUGCCUUGGAUUUCCUGACCGAAUGGCUAUACAACCACAACCCAAAGAGGAAAGACGAACCGUUUGUUGAGUUCUUCGAGAUCCCUUUUGUGAAGGAGUGGCUAAAGGACCAUCCUAGGCCACCAAUUCCGCUGUCCCUGCUGUUAACGGAGGAAGAAGCAGGCAACAUAAUUCAAUCAUUCUGGAGAGGUUAUCGGGUCCGCUGUGAACCUGAGGUUCAAGAAUUACGCCAGUGGCAGAAACACUUGAGGGAAACAAAGAACAUUAUUAAACGUGUGCGAGAAUUCUGGGCCAAGCAAGAGAAAAAAGUGGGAACCAAGCUGGAAGACUCAGUACAGCCCAGCCCAGUUCGCUCAAAACAGGCAGUGGUGGAAAUCUUGCCGGAGCCAGAAGUCACCACGGUCACAGAGAAAGAGGAAGAAAAUCAAACCCUUCCAGUUUUGACAGAUGAGAAUCCACAAAUGGGUCAGAUCAGCUGGGCAUCCACGCGUGAUUUAGCUCUGCAGUGAUACUACUUUUCAUACUAAUUUAAAAGCCCCAAAUCGUCACCAUCAGCUGCUGAUUAAGGGAGCAGGGCUCAGCGAAGUGUUUUCCACUGUAACCAAAUGGUGUUUGGGGUCAGCUUGGGGGCUAAAAUCCCUCCGGCACUUUUCAAAGAAGAUCACUGUGUAAGACAGCCUGAUUUACAGCCCACCUCAAUGCCACAGUCCUUUAACCUGAUCUUGGUCCCAUCAACUUCAGUGUGAUUGAAGAUUGGUUCGUUCUAAGUAUGAAUGAAGGCUGUAAAUCAGGCGGACCAGGGAGAUGCAGGCACUGGCUGAUGUUCCGAUUGAGGUAGUGGCAUAAACAGUCACGAGGUGGCUCAUGCGCCAUCCAAACACAUCAGUGUUUAUGUAAGGGGAGAAACCCAGCUAGAUCAGAGUGGUUGCUUCUAUCCCCACUUGUGAUUGGAGACAGGAGACCAUACUAGAGGAUGGGGAUGUUGGACGUACCAUAGCCCAGUUAGCACAGCCGAUGGCCCAGAAGGAUGGGAUUGCAGUACAGCAGCUGGAGGGGCUCACAGGCUUUCCACCCCAAGUCAGAAUAAUCCCCAUCCGGGCAACUAAUCAAUAAAAUUAUGCAAGCAAUCCAAGGAAGCGUUCUCUCCCCAAACUGCCACAUUAAGAGGCUGCCAUUGUCCCAGAUGUUGGACUACAACUCCCAUCACCCCUGAUCACACUGAUGGGAGUUGUAAUCCACAACAUGCAGAAGGCACCAUGUUGGCUGUUGCUGCUGUGGCGCUACCACCCUGUUCCAAAUGGCAUGAGCAGCUGAGAAGUCAUUGGAAGCCCCUCGAGAGAUCUAGCCAGAACCCUAUUAACACCUGCGCCAAUGGAACGGGACGCUGCCUCUUUGAACGUUACAAAAAUGUCAACCCUUCGCGUUUUCGAAGGACAAAACCAAAAUGACCACCACAUUGUAAGUAAAUAGUAAAGCCUUUAUUUUUGUUUUGUUUUGUUAAGAACAGCAUUUUGAAAAUAAAAUGUCUUUGCCCAUGCUUUACAACUUU